AUUAUUUUACAUUAAUUUGAUGCAUUACUGCACAACAAACUGAACAAACUGAAAUCAAUUUUCGUCUUCGAACUUAAUACUUUUGUGUCUUUUUAUUGAAAUUUCUAUUACAAACAUGGCACAACCUGAAGUUGAAAUGUCGGAAUUGGAAGAAUUACAAACUAAAAAAUUAUGGCAUCAAUUGACUUUAAAACUCUUGGCCUAUGUUAAGGAUACAAAUGUUCAAAAAAAGGUUGACUUAUUGAGUUUUUACAAUAAAUUCAUCCAACCAAUAGAAGGCAAAAUGAAUUCUUUUGCUUUGGUUGAAAUUGUUUCAUAUGUAAUUCCAUUUAUAAAAGAGCCAAAGGAAGCAGUUACAUUUUUAGAAACUCUGGAACCCAAAGUUAAAGACAAAAUUGAAGCUUUAAUUUUUGCUAAAGUUUUAAAAGGUGAGAUACUUUUGGAUAAAUUGAAAAACCAACAAGAUUGUUUGGUUGUUAUUACUGAUGUUGAUAAAUUGCUAAGUGAUCUGGAUGAAAUAUCUCCUGUGCACAGCCGAUAUUAUUUGUUGGCUAGUCAUCUGUAUCGUAUUCAAGGAAAACACACUGAAUAUUAUCGCACUUGUUUGAAGUAUUUGGGUGCAAUUGAUUUGUCUACUAUUAGCCAACCGGAUCAAAUAAGAAACGCAUUUUUAUUAGGACUUGCUGCGUUACUAAGUGAUGACAUCUAUAACUUGGGUGAAUUGCUUAUGCAUCCCAUUUUAGAUUCAUUAACCAACACAACAAAUUAUUGGUUGGUAGAACUAUUAAAUGCAUUCAACACUGGAGACAUCACAAAAUUUGCCAAAAUGAAACCACAGUGGGCUUCCAUACCUGAUAUAGCAGUUCAAGAACAUAAACUCAGACAAAAAAUAUCUCUACUUUGUUUGAUGGAAAUGACGUUCAAACGACAAGCUAAAAACAGAUGUUUAUCAUUUCAAGAGAUUGCACUUGAGACACAAUUAUCAUUAGAACAGAUUGAAAUGUUGGUAAUGAAAGCAUUAUCAUUAGGUUUAGUCAAGGGUAAAAUCGAUCAAGUCAGUGAAGGUGUAUACUUGGAAUGGGUUCAACCAAGAGUGAUGAACAAAACACCAAUAUCGGGUAUGAUUGGUAGACUGGACACAUGGUGUUCAGAAGUCAAGAACAUGCAGUACAGGAUGCAAGACGAAGCCCAAGAUUUUUUAAAAGUUUAAACAUUAUAGUAUAUUUAUUAUUAUUACGGUUUGUUUAUGAAAUACCCUUUUCAAUAAU